UUAACAAAGACCUACCCACAUGUGCUAGCACAUAGAUUUAGCUUCUCUGUGCAGAUAUAAAUGCACAUACCCUCUCUCUCUCUCUUCUCUUUUUUUUUUUUCCCAUCUCAUCCAAGCGCUCUUUCUCUGUUAUUAUUGAUUUUCUCAUUUAUUUGCAUGCUUCAAAAGCCACACACAAAAACAAUAUACAUAUCGCAACUAGCUUUUCCUGUUCAUGAAAUUUUGUUGCAUGUUAUUACGACCCAUUAUCUCUCUCAUCAUUCUUUUAUGAUCUCUGUGUGACUUUGCUAGUGGGUUUCUUCAGUUUGGAUUUAAUUGGGGUCGUGUAAGCUUUGAUGGGUCCUAUAAGAGGGUACAAAAAGAGGAAAAAGACAGAUAAAAGGGCCGAAGAUAAUGCUUAUGCUUCUGCUUCUGCUUCUGUGUCUGCAGAGAAGGAAGGGCCUGUGGAUUGGUGGGAUGAAUUUUCCAAGAGGAUUAAUGGUCUUCCAUCUCCAUCAAAGAGUUUGGACAAGUUUGAACAAGUUUUCAGGAUUACCAGGAAAACCUUCAAUUACAUAUGUUCACUUGUGAAGGAAGAUAUGACUGCUAAAUCAAGGGAAUUUACGUUUUUAAAUGGCAAGGUUUUAUCUUUGCAUGACCAGGUUGCUGUGGCUUUAAGAAGACUGAGUUCUGGUGAUUCACUAGUGACAGUUGCUGAUUCAUUUGGUUUGAACCACUCAACUGUCUCCCAAGUGACCUGGCGUUUUGUGGAAGCCAUGGAAGAAAAGGGGCUUCAACACCUAAAAUGGCCUUCUAGUGAAUUAGAAAUGAUGCAAAUAAAAUCUAAGUUUGAGAACAUACAAGGUCUCCCUAAUUGUUGUGGUGUGGUUGAAACCACUCACAUCAUGAUGCUGUUGCCUUCCUCAGACACUUCAAGUAAUGUAUGGCUCGAUAAUGAGAAGAAUCACAGCAUGGUCUUGCAGGGAGUUGUAGACCCUGAGAUGAGGUUCCUAGACAUAGUCACUGGAUGGCCUGGAAAAAUGCAAGAUUGGGUGGUGUUUCAGAGUUCAAACUUCCAUAAACUUUGUGAAAGAGGAGAUAGGUUGAAUGGGAAAAAAUUACAGCUUUCUGAAGGAUCAGAAAUAAGGGAAUAUAUAAUUGGAGAUUCAGGAUUUCCUCUACUGCCAUAUCUUAUUGUUCCAUAUGAGGGGAAAGAACUCUCAGAACCAAAAGCCGAGUUCAAUAAACGGCUUUCUGCAACUCAGAUGGUAGCCAACAGAGCAUUGGCGAGGCUGAAGGACAUGUGGAGGAUCAUUCAUGGAGUGAUGUGGAGACCUGACAAACAUAGGUUGCCAAGGAUUAUCCUAGUCUGCUGCUUGCUCCAUAACAUAGCCAUUGAUUUGGAAGAUGAGGCACAGAGUGAUAUUCCUUUGUCUCACCAGCAUGACCCAGACUACCAGCAACAGACUUGUGAAUCCGUCGACAUAAAAGCCUGGCUAAAAUGGUGGAUUACUUGGCAUUGUUCAUCAAACCAUAAGGCAGUGGCCCGGACAAGACAACAAUGUGAGAGAGACACUACAAUAUAGAACUAGAGUUGCUCACAGGAGUUCCUAAGACUCCUUCAGGCUUCAGUAAUUGCUUCAGCAUAGAACUUCAUCUUUUUUUGUUUUAUCAUGGGAAUCUCAUAACUCAAUUAUCUGGUUCUACUAUUAUUUUUUUAAGUACAUCAAGUAUUCUUUAUGUCGGUUUUACAGUCUAUAAAAGAUUAAUUCCUAAGAUGCAUGGCUGCCAUAUUUAGGAGCGCAGUUAGUCUUAUCACUUUUA